CCUAUCCAACAUCAAAUCGACUUUCCUCAACUGCAACGCCAAUUGCGAUCGCCCCGUUCAUUCUGCAAACAGGUUAUUUCAUGCUAUCAGGGAAUGAUAAUAUCCCUAUUCACACCUUCUCAAUCACGUCUCUGAAUACCAUUUCCCAUCUAGUUUGAAAAAACAUCACCGCACCGCACCCCACCAAGCCGCUGUCCCACAAUCACCUACGUCUACAUCUACAUUCUUCGACUUGAAUCUUCUCUUCGGAUCGCCCCGAUAUCGAUUAAAAGAAGUUAUAAAUACGUGUCGCGCAUCAAACAACCACAAUGGAGCGCCUCUCGAUCCACGACCCCCCACCUGCCGCCGCGCAACAAUCGCAACAACAACCCCAACAGCAACAACAGAACCUCGGACCAGCCUCGAUGGUCACACAAGGACCGCCUCAAUUACCGCCGCAAAUGUUUACGACUGCUGCUCAGUUGCUGGAUUUGACGGAUAAGAAGCUCGUGCUGGUCCUGCGUGAUGGGAGGAAGUUGUUUGGUGUGUUGAGAAGUUGGGAUCAGUUCGCGAAUCUCGUCCUUCAAGAUACUGUCGAACGACUCUACGCCGGAAGCCUUUACGCCGAUAUUCCACGGGGGAUUUUUAUUGUUCGAGGGGAGAAUGUCUUGCUUCUUGGGGAGAUUGACCUAGAUAGGGAAGACGAUGUUCCCCAGAGUGUUCAAAGAGCGCCAUUCGAAGAAGUCUACGCAUUGAAGAAGAAAGAGGACUCGGAACGGCAAACUGGCGACAAGAAACGUCAUGGCAAUUUACAAAAAUUGGGCUUCGAGGCUGAACAUAGCGGGGAGACUCUUCUGUUCUAGUCUGUUAUUUCCUUUCAUUUCGACACGUCUUCUUCAGCAUUGCUUGGGUUGCUCUGGAGUUAUUGACUCGGGUCAUGGGUUACAACUGAGGGGAGCAAAAACUAUGGAAGCGUCGCCUGCUGCGAACCAUUACUAUGACACAUUUGGUAAACGCCAUGAGAAAUAGGUACAUCGAUACAUGGCUAUAGUCCAUGUUUUGGGAGAAAUCAGAUUAACAUGAGGUCAGAGGCCUUUUGACGAUUGUUAUGUCCAUUCUGAUGUUUUGACGAAUGUUCAUAAUAUGAGGAAUGAGCACAUGCCUGGCACCAGACAUGUCUAUUUGAAUAUUCAUGAAUAUACCACUUUAUGGCCUUC